AUGCGCGCCUUCGUCCUUUCGCUGCUGUUCGGCAGCCUCGUCUACGCCCAGCAGAAGAAGUCCCAGGCCGACCGUGAUCUGCAAAUCGAGAUGUUGAAGGAUCCGGAGCUGUUCCCAUUCCCCGAUGUGGUCAACCAGCGUUAUGCCAUGGCCUUCGACGUCCAAGCGAUCGAGCACAUCCUGACGGCGGAGCCCUUCUCCGAGAUGGUCUCCCAGCACAAACCGUCACCUAAUGUGGCCGACGACGAGGCGUACAAGAAGAUGGUGAAGGAGGCCGUCGAGCACACCUUCGACCGGCUGCUCACCCAGUACACCAAGUUCAAGCUGAACACAGACGCACCCCAACCCCCGGUCCGCCGCAAGCGCGCUAAGGAUGGCCCGACGCCUGAUGAGAUUGCUUACUUCAAGAGCAAGGCUUUUGAAGAGCUCUUUGUGAAGGAGACGUCGAAGUACCUGGAGAAGGAGCUGGCCGCGCUCGACACGCCCGAGAACCGCGUCAAGCGUUUCCUGGAGUCGUACAAGCCAAGCCACAUUCGCGCCAAGCGACUGGCUGCAGCCCAGGACGAAGAGGAUCAGCGAAACCCUGAGGAGGAUCGCGAGAAUAUCCUCGUUCGCCAGUUGAGGAACAUCAUUGGUGACGCUUUCGUCGACAAGAUGCGCACCGAGUUGGGGCAGGCCAAGGAGCACUACGAGCGCGAUGGGCUCAAGGGCGUCCUUGACUUUGCCGUCGUGCGCCCGCUGAACCGUGAAGCUAAGGUCGUCUCCACGGAUCUGCGCAAGAUCCGCGACGCCUAUUCUCAGCAUGGCAUCAAGGCCGCCGUGAAGAUGGCGGGCGGCGCCGACUGCGGCCCCGGCACCGACUGUGGCCCGGUGAUCGAGGAGGCCGAGGCCAUCGUCAAGGAG